AUGUUGCACAAAUAUCCAAAUGAAGGAUCACAUACCUACAAUGAUCGAAUCAAAUAUAAUGAUCAAAUAGUAAUCUGUAAAGAUUCCAAGUUAUCUGGAAUGAUUGAUCCAGUUCGCAUUCGAUUUAUAUUGAAAGUAGAAAUCAGUUGCAAAUAUAAAUUUCAGAAUAUAGGUGUUUCUAACCAAUAUCCUUCAAAUCUUUCUAUGAAUAUUCAUUACUGCAUUGGCGUUCACAAAUUUUAA